AUGUCAGCAGGAAUACAAAUAAAUGUAUUUAGCAUGGAAAUAACAGAGGUAGCGCAGAAACUUAGCAAAAAUAGCACAGAAUCUCAAAGAAUUCGGCAAAAAAAUAGGUAUGUUGAUCCAAAUACAGGUGUAUUAAGAACUACAAGAUUGAUCUUAAAACGAGGAGUUUUGCCAAAAUGGGGAAACGGGGUGACUUAUAUUAUUGAAGAAUCGAUAGUUAAUCCAAAAACUCAAACAAUGAUUACACUCACAAAAAAUAUAACACAUGCACGAAUAAUGCAAGUAGAAGAAUGGCAAACAUUUAGAGUUGACCCUAAUAAUCGAGAAUUUACACAAGUUAAAACCGAAGCCAGAGUAAUUAGCAAUUUUGGAUGGGGAUUGACUGAACGAGUUGAAGGUUUUGGUAUAAAAAAAUUUGCAGAUAGUACAAUGAAAAGUCGAAAGGGUAUGUCUUUGGUAUUAGAAAAGAUUCGUGAAAAACAAUUAUUGCGUGGCCGAGGAUUUUUGACUACGUAG